GGACUGUCCUCUGUGUGCAGCUUUUUUGUUAGCGUCACAUUUGUGGACAUUGUGCCACCUGUCAUAACCUGCCCAGCAAAUAUCCUUCAAGAGGUGUCUUCUGGGAAUGCCAAUGGAGCCUUUGUUAGCUGGAGCCCAGCUACAGCCACCGAUAAUGCUGGACCGGUAAAUGUCACCCUGACCUCAAAUCUGCAACAAGGAUCCGGUUCCUUCUUCCAGUUUGGAAGCCACUCAAUUACCUACUCAGCGACUGAUGCAGCAGGGAAUUCAGUCUCGUGUACUUUCACUGUGACAGUUGUGGACAGGGUGCCACCCCAAAUCACCUGUCCAGCUAAUGUCGUAGAACAAGUCUCCACUGGCAACGAGAACGGCGCCAAUGUGGUUUGGAGCCAACCAACCGUCUCUGACAACUCUGACAUCAACCCAACUGUCACACUCUCGGGACAAAGUCAAGGACCCUAUUUCAUGUUUGGAACCUACACGUUAACCUACACAGCCACUGAUAAUGCUGGCAACAUGAACAGUUGUACCUUCCUCAUCAUCGUUCAGGACAAUGUGCCGCCAAGAGUGAUAUGCCCCAGCAGCUUUACGAUGACAGUAACCACCGGAGUCAGUCAGGUGGCAGUGACUUGGACCACGCCAACCGCCACUGACAAUGCCGGGCAGACCUUUUUUGUUCAGUCCUCCCACAACCCCGGGGACCUCCUGCCCGUUGGUGCAACAGAAGUGACAUACACGUACAGGGAUGAAGCUCAGAACCAAAACACCUGUUCUUUCACAGUCACAGUUAUUCAAGUGGACGGAACAACUCCCAUGAUCGUAACCUGCCCAUCGGAUAUUUCUGUCACCAUCCUUGCUGGCACUGCUCCGGUUGCUGUUACAUUCAACGUACCGACAGCCACCGACAAUUCUGGCAAUGUCCGACUCGUCUCCAACAACUUCAACCCUGGAGAUGGCUUCUCAGUGGGCAAUACAGUGGUCACCUAUCGAUUUGAGGAUGGAUCUGGGAAUGCUGCCGUUUGUUCUUUCUCAGUGACUGUCAUAGAGGCCAAUCCCUGCUUGUCUCAACCUUGCAUGAAUGGCGGAGCGUGUGUACCAGAGUCAGUCACCGCGUACCGCUGCAUUUGUCCCUUGUGCUUCACGGGCACCUUGUGUGAAAGCUCUAUCAGCGCUUGCCAGUUCAACAACUGUCAAAAUGGUGGCACGUGCACCCCUUUCCCCGGUUCCUGUACUCUUUAUGAAUGCCAGUGCACCAACUGCUUCUCGGGACAAUUCUGCCAAACCCGUGUUGACAGCUGUGAGAAUAACCAGUGUUCAAAUGGGGCCACCUGCAUGUCCAGAGUGGACAACUGUUUGGAAUACACUUGCUAUUGCCCGCCGUGUUUCACUGGGCAGUUCUGUCGCAUACCUGUUUCUCAGUGCGCCAACCACAAUUGCCGAAAUGGAGGGAUGUGUGUACCUAUUACGUCCAGCGUUACCUUUGCAUGCUAUGAAUACAACUGCAUCUGCUCAGGAUGUUUCACCGGCCAGUUCUGUGAAGAGGCACGCGAUGCUUGCAACCCCAAUCCAUGCUUGAAUGGUGCCACUUGUGCGACGUUACCAGACAACAACUGUUACUCCUACUCCUGUCAGUGCCAGGGCUGCUUCACCGGAUUCAAUUGCGAACGAGCAAUCCAGUCUCCAUGUUCACAGAAUCCCUGUCAGAAUGGAGGAACCUGCAGCCCCGUCCAAGGAACUUGCUUAAGCUACACCUGUCAGUGUCCGAAUACCCACACCGGCACGCACUGCGAAGUCAUCGUCACCGUGAACCCCAACCUGUGCAACAGCUUCCCAUGCCAGAAUGGCGGAUCCUGCCUGACCAUGGAUGGCACCUACUACAUCUGUGUCUGCCGGGAUGGUUUCUUGGGACAGAACUGCCAGUCCACUUCCGCGAGCAUACCACAGAUUGACGGCUGUCGGACUUCAUUGUGCGUCAAUGGAGGAACCUGCCACAACAGCUACAACAGCAAUUCAGGCGGCACUCCCCAAAUCCAGUACACCUGUCUGUGCGCGCCGGGCUUCAGUGGCAACAACUGCAACGUUCUUCUCACCCAAAAUCCAAGUCUCGACAUCUGCAGUGUGGCAACACGGCCGCCUUGUGAGCAAUCCGCACCUUGCCUCAAUGCGUAUCACAGCUACGACAGUGACAUAGACUACUUCUGCAGGUGCCCUUUUGGUUUUGUUGGCCACAACUGCGAGACCACAUAUGUUGAUCCGUGCUUGAGUGGGCCCUGCCAAAACGGUGGCACAUGCACAUCCUUCGGCACGUCCUUCACUUGCCAGUGUGCAAACGGCUACAGCGGAACGACUUGCGAGGUGCCCGUCGGUGACAACAUUCCACCUGUCAUCACCAGCUGUCCAGUGUCCUUCGAGCGUAACAUCCCUGUGGGAUCAUCCACGUUUGUCUCCUGGACUGCUCCACAAGCCAUUGAUAACUCAGGCACAGUCUCUCUGGUCUAUUCUACCCACCCGAAUCCUAGUGCUGUCCUCGGUGUCGGCACCACAACGGUGACGUACGUGUUUGCAGAUCCCAGCAGGAACUACGCCAUUUGCUCAUUCUUCAUCACAGUCACAAGUGGAAUUACCGACAACAUUCCACCCACAGUCAGCAACUGCCCAAUUCAGGGCUUCCAGGAAACGGUUCCCGCCGGCACCUCAAGCAUCGCAGUGACAUGGCCUGAGCCAACUGCCAUCGACAACUCGGGGGUGCAGGUGACGAGGACGUCCAAUAUCAGCCCGGGGAAUAUAUUUACCUUGGGUUCCACUACGGUGACGUACACAUUCGUGGAUGGUGCUGGCAAUUCUGCCACCUGCAGCUUUGAUGUCACGGUCACAGUGGAAACAGGAGACACCACUCCCCCAGUGGUCAGUGGUUGUCCUAUCGCAGGUGUGCCUGUAACAGCCCCUGCCGGUGCUACCUCAGCAGUUGCCAGUUGGGUAGAGCCGACGGCAGUUGACAAUUCUGGAGGAACUGUGAGAGUCACGUCCAACCGCUCACCAGGCCAAAGCUUCCCGCUUGGAACGACACAAGUGACGUACACCUUCACCGAUCCAUCUCAGAACACUGCAACGUGCACCUUCGCUGUCACUGUGACAGGAAGUGGUGUCGACACCAUCCCCCCAGUGGUGAGUGGCUGUCCCACAGCAGGUGUGUCUGUAACGGUCCCUGCUAGUGCUACGUCAGCGGUUGUCACUUGGACAGCGCCAACAGCUACAGACAAUUCAGGAGGAGUAGUCAUUCGCACGUCCAACUUUUCUCCAGGCCAGAACUUCGCGGUUGGAGUCACCCAAGUAAUCUACACCUUCACUGAUCCAUCUCAGAACAGCGCAACCUGCACCUUCACUGUUACUGUUACAAGGGGAGGAGUCACUGACACCACUCCCCCAGUGGUCAGCGGCUGUCCCACAGCAGGUGUGCCUGUAACAGCCCCUGCCGGUGCUACCUCAGCAGUUGCCAGUUGGGUAGAGCCGACGGCAGUUGACAAUUCCGGAGGAACUGUGACAGUCACGUCCAACCGCUCACCAGGCCAAAGCUUCCCGCUUGGAACGACACAAGUGACGUACACCUUCACCGAUCCAUCUCAGAACACUGCAACGUGCACCUUCACUGUCACAGUGACAGUGUUCACGGGUCAAGAUACUGAACCUCCUGUCAUUAGCGGCUGUCCACCUAACAUUGUUGUUGGACCCGAUCCUGGACAAAACUUUGCCACUGUAACUUGGACAGCACCCACAGCAGUAGAUAACAGUGGAGUUGCUCCAACUGUACUAAAUGAUUUCAAUCCUGGAGACAGAUUUAAUAUCAACAGUGUCACCCAAGUCACUUACACCUUCUAUGAUGCACGCUUCAAUUUUGCCCAGUGUAUAUUCACGGUCAGCGUCACAGAUGGUAGUGGAGGUGAUAUGACACCCCCAGUAGUCAGUGGUUGCCCAGAUCCAUUGACAGUAUCCGCUGCAUCUGGUGCUACAUCAGCAGUGGUAUCUUGGACUGAACCUACAGCAACAGACAAUUCUGGAGGAACUGUCACCCGGACAUCCAACCGUUCACCAGGCCAAAGCUUCCCAAUUGGAAUGACCACGGUUCAGUACACCUUCACUGAUCCAUCUGGCAAUCAGGCCACUUGUAUCUUCAUGGUCAUAGUUCAAGUCAGUGGCGAUAGGACGCCCCCAGUUGUCAGUGGUUGUCCCACUGUGGGGCUGACAGUAAGAGUUCCGAUGGGUUCAACUACCGGUCAAGUGACCUGGACGGAGCCAACAGCCACCGACAGUUCAGGAGGAAUGGUGACGGUCGUGUCCAACUACUCACCAGGCCAAAGCUUUCCCACUGGAAUCACACAAGUGACGUACACCUUCACUGAUCCAUCUCAGAACAGUGCAACCUGCACCUUCACUGUCAACGUCAUAGUUGAUGAGCGCCCUCCUGUCAUCAGCGGCUGUCCUGGAGUGGCCUCUGGGGUUGCCCAAGGCGGCUCUAGCACCGGUACCGCCACCUGGACCGAGCCGACGGCUGCCGACGAUGACAACCUGCCGGUGCGAGUGGCCCGAACCCACGCUCCCGGCAGCAGCUUCCUGGUCGGCAUCACCACUGUCCGUUACAUAUUCACAGAUUCGGCUGGAAACCAGGCCAUCUGCACAAUAACUGUCACCAUCACACAAGACGUCGGGGAUGUCACCCCUCCAACCAUCACCUGCCCUGCAGACGUAGUGGGUUAUGUCAGGUUCAUUCAGCAGACCCUUCCGGUGUCCUGGUCCGCUCCGCAAGCUGUGGAUAACAGUGGCAUCCCACCCGUGAUCACCUCCAACCCCUUCUAUCCCAGCCCUUCGGGAGUCUUUGAUUUUGGCGUAUAUUCUAUCGUCUACACAGCCAGAGAUGAAUCUGGGAAUGCGGCUUCCUGCACAUUAACCAUCACAAUUGUCCUGGACACCGAAGCUCCCACCAUCUCUGGUUGCCCAACACAAAGGACGGCAACUUUAUCACAGAGUAGCACCAGUGUGGCAGUCAUCUGGACAGAGCCGGUCGCCAUGGACAACAUCGGCAUAGCCAACACCCAGAGCAGUCAUCGGCCCGGAGAAAGCUUCAGUGCCGGAGUGACCGAAGUCCUCUACACCUUCUUCGACCGUGCCGGCAAUACAGCCAACUGCAGCUUUAACGUCGUUGUCCAAGCUGACACUACUAUCAAUCCCUGCUCCAGUAACCCUUGCCCUGCAUCAGCCCCCUUCUGCUUCUACACGGCCUCUGAAUACCUUUGUCGAACCACGCCAGGUCGAAGAAAGAGGGACAUUAAUGACGAUCACGGUCCGUGCGAGCAUGGAGGGGUACUGGUUGAGGUCAGCACAGAUCCCCCUAGUUUCCACUGUGCCUGCCCGAAUGGAUACUCCGGUAUACUGUGUGAGGACAGGGAGGAGACCGUCUGUGAGCCUAACCCCUGUGCCAACAAUGGAACCUGCCAUCCAACAAGUUCCAGUGCGAUCGGUUAUGAAUGUGACUGUCAGGGAGGCUGGACCGGACAGCUCUGCGGAGACAGGAGUUGGGAAAGUGAAGCCAACAGUUUGAAAGAGUUCUCCACCGAGCACUCUACCCUGACCUGGAUCAUGAUGUCCGUGGCGGGAGUCCUGCUGACCCUUGCCGUCAUCCUGGCUGCCAUGUUCUGUCGGCUGGCCCCACGCCUGGCCAACUCCAAGCUCCGCAGUGAUGAAGUUGCCAUCGUUCAUUGAUGAGACAACUGACGGAAGGGAGCGGCACACCAAUCUAUUUGUUCACAACAAUCUGAUUGUGGAGUUACUUCAAUUUUUUUUAAGUCAGUACUGUUUUUAAAUGAGAUUUUUCAUUGAAACUACACACUGCACAAAUUUAGAGUGGUGAAUGCUUGAUAAAUAUAUAUAUUUGGUAGUUUGUUAGAAGUGUUUAUGCUGAAAAAUAAUAAGAAUAUGAAAUAAGUGUUUUAUGAUUUGCUGGUGUAUCAUUCAUUGACGCAAGCCAUGCUAUCCCCUCUGCUCCUCUUUAAUCCCAUUUUAAACAGUUAUCUGAGGCUGCAUGCAUGCCAAAAGGCAAUCGAUUAAACAUUGCAUCAGGCCGCAGAGAGUAAUUUGUUACGUUACCACAUUCCAAUAGACAGGGACGUGGUAUUGUCAUCGCAGACACAGGCCAACAUUGUUUCUCAUACUCUGUUAUUGGUGCAGAAUCCCACCGUUGGACCUUCUUUCUAAGCCGGAAUCACCAGUGUGAUGGGCUUUAUUUUUUAUCCCCAACCAAACUGCACUUCAAGAAGUGAGAGGCUCUGAACAUUUUGAUUUCCUACUGGUAGUAACAGGAGCAUUUUUUUAAAGGUGAUUUUGACAUUUUUUUUAGGGGGGAGGGAGUGUAUCAGUCUUCUCUUGCCAAGUUUUCAAAUACCCAGAUAUCAAUAUCAAUUCGCAGCAAAUGUUUAGUCAGCUUAAAAUGCAUGUGAAAAGCUAAUUGGUGAAUGCCCAUUGUUUAUGCCCUGUAGUCAUCAGGCAUUCCAUAGAGAAAAUAAUUUUGGAUAAUCAAUGUUUGAUAUCACUAGUCUCAUCAGUAAUUUGUGUUCGUACAACUCCAUUAAUGGUGGCUAUUUUAAUUUUAGUUAUAGUGGAUGUAAAAUUCCGAGAUUUUAGCACUCUUGCUACUUUGAAAUUUGCUCCUAGAUCAAUAGUAAUUAGAUCUAUGAAUGAAGCUUUAAUGUUACUUUUUUUUUGGAUAAUUUACGAAUAUAACAACUCCAGAGCUUUAUAUGAUACACAUAUGGACUGGCCAUGAGGUCACUAGAGCAUGCCUUUGUGCCCUGAGGGACUGUGAGUGACCAGAAGGUCCCAUUUCUUGCAGUCAAAGGCCAAAGGAAUGAAGAGCCUCUUCUGGUCACUCACAAAAGGUAAAAUAAGAAGGGAAACUUUCCAGGGUUUUAAAAUAGUUAACCGAACUCUUUACAUGCAGCCAUUAACUAGAAUGAUAGCGCUUUUAGUAUCCCUAGCUCCAGUGUUUGAGUCGCUGCCUACUGCUCUAAUAUGCGAGGAAUGGUGCUGUAAUCUGUCAUGAAGUUUUUGUGUUGUGCCCAAGCCGGCUCUAUACUAUGGAAAUUGUGUGCUAUGUCUUGGCACGCGACCAGGUCACGUUUUUCAGUAGCCUAUAUUAGCGAAUCCCUCCUGAGCUUGUUUCAGCUAACCAGGAUUAAGAAACCAGCAAUUUAGAAGCAUCAUAAAUAUGUUUAAUGCGCGUCGUUCAAGAUACGAAAUCUGGGCAAUACAACUAACCUCAAAGCUUUAGUCCGUGAAAAAAGUCAGCACCCAUUUUUUAAGUUGCCAAUUAGUAAUGUAGAAACGGGGGUGUUGCAUUUCAUUUGUCACCGAGAAACAAGUAUUUAAUCAUUACUUUAAUUGCAGAGUGUAUGGAAAAGUUCAUGAGAGAAAAGUGUAUAAAUAAAGUUUUGUUCUAGAUCAUUUUAUCCCACCCUAUACCCUUCACACGUUGUUCGAAAAUGGACUUCCUGUGUGAUCAUAAUAAAUAUUCAUCCAGGAUAUUUGACAGUAAGUGGUAUCUUCAAGAUUUUGGGGUCAACCUGAAAGAUUAGAGAGACCGAAGCUGUUGUGCACAGCUAGGAAUUAACCUAGUGUUCACAAAUAAAUACUUCUUGCAAGUGCUAGGUUGUGGUAACUCAAUUUCCUUCCGAAUUAAGUAAAUAAUCUUUACAGCAAUAAAUAUGAAUUCUUAGAUUUUUUGUUCCAUUUGACCGAAUGAAGAAUAUUAACAGGUGCAAGACUGAUGAAUCUGGCA